AUGAGCGUCCACCGAUUUCGUCUGAGCUUGGUUUUGAUCAUCACCGUGGCCUUGAUUGGCCCGACGGAUGCAUUUAUCGGGAAUAUUGGCCAAACCAUAGUGGAUGGGAUCAAAUCCGCGUUCUGGGGGGCGGUCUAUGGGAUUGGGUCGGCUAUUAAGAAUUUCAUAUUGUGGUCGGCCCGCACUAUUAAGAGUGCUGUGCUCUAUGUGGCCGCAGACAUGGUGGAAGCCGUUUCAGCCGCAGGAUCUGCCAUUCGACAAAGAGCUUCCUCUAAUCUGGAUGGGGUAUUCGGUGUGUUCAAUACCGGUCAACGCGAGCUUCUCAUUCAAAUGAUGUCUACUGCACCCCUUCCCAAAGAAUAUUACCUCCGACCAUUCGAUCUGGAUGGGGAACUAGCUCAUUUGGAUGCCCUGAUUGAUUUUGUUUUGGGCCUGUCUAUUACUGCGCUCUGCUUUGUGUCACUUGUGACCUUGGGCUUCGUUGGCCUUUUCGCUUUAUACCGUUCCAUGAGGCAUGAGCAAGAAUUUCUUCUAGACUUUGAGACCAAUAUGGAAUCAAAGUUGAAAGAGGCUCUAGAGGAGCAUAAAAAGUUGAAAUUCGCCGAGCUUUGAAUCUCAAUAGACAUGGAAAUCCUGAUUUAUGGAGAAACCUUAACAGAACGCCCUGCGGUUGAUGGAGCUUUCUGUUUCAUCUGGCCCGAUGUUUGUAAACAUUUUCGUGGCUUUCACAUGAAGAGAACGUAUGUUGAAUGAAUAAAGUUUUCUUGCUGAUCA